UUCAUUUUUGCUUGUCACAGCUUGUGCUCUCUGCUUUAAGCUUUCUGAAUGUGUUUUGGAGAUUUGAUCUGGUUUUCCUUUUUAAUUAAUCGUGAGAAUAAACACCCAAGUCUGGCAUCUUGUGCGGCAAUACUAUUAUCUUGAAGCAGGUAAAAAGUCGAUUCGCGAGUUGACUAGCACACCAGUAAAAUGUCGGACGGACGCGAAGGCCCACCUGCAUUUACGGACAUCGACUUUAACAAGCCUGAACCGGAUGAAGACAUGUUCCAGUCUGCUCUAGAGGAAACAACUCCGAGCGAUGAGUUUGCUGCGGCGAAGAACAACCCCUUCGGCGGCGGCAGCGACAUGACACCGCCGGACUUCACCAAGAUCGAUCUGGGCCGGGACAGCCAGAGUCGCGAGGAGGCGGACCGCGACGACGCCUCUCAGACGUCGCUGACGUCGACCACCAUCUCCAAAAUCAACUACGUCUCCGACUCCAGUUCUUCCACCGAGCGCGACCGCGAGGAGCCCUUCACGGCGCCGAAACGUGUCAUUACGGAGGACGAGGGAAAGGAGGAGGACGACAAGUUCGUGACGGUGACGGUGAGCGAGCCGCAGAAGGUGAACGAGGGACUGCAGGCGUACGUGCAGUACAAAGUCAGCACGGAGACGAACCUGGCCGUCUUCCGGCGCCGCAAGUUCUCGGUGGUGCGCCGCUUCAGCGACUUCCUGGGCCUGCACGAGAAGCUGCAGGAGAAGCACGUGCACGUCGGCCGCUUCGUGCCGCCGGCGCCCGAGAAGAGCGUGGCCGGGAUGGCCAAGGUCAAAAUGUCCAAGGGCGACACCACCGCGCCCGACGGCGCUUCCGGAGAAUUCGUGGAGCGGCGUCGCGCGGCGCUGGAGCGCUUCCUGGCGCGCACGGCGCAGCACCCGGUGCUGCGCAUGGACCCCGACUUGCGGGAGUUCCUGGAGAUGGACGAGACGCUGCCCAAGGCCAGCAACACCAGCGCCUUCAGCGGGGCCGGCGUGAUGCGGUUGUUCGGGAAGGUGGGCGAGCAGGUGACGCGCAUCACCAGCAAGAUGGAGGAGAAGGACGAAUGGUUCGAAGAAAAGACCUCGCAGAUCGACAACAUGGAGAUGCAGCUGAAGAAGCUGCACGCCAGCGUCGAAUCGCUCUACCACCACCGCCGAGAUUUGGCCAAUGCGACGGGGAUGUUCGCGAAGAGCGCGGCGAUGCUGGCCAACUGCGAGGAGCACACGUCGCUGUCGCGGGCGCUCAGCCAGCUGGCGGAGACGGAGGAGAAGAUCGACCUGCUGUACCAGGAGCAGGGCACCACCGACUACUACGUCCUGGCCGAGAUGCUGCGCGACUACAUCGGCCUCCUCACCACCGUCAAGGAGGUGCUGCACCAGCGCACCAAGAUCUACGCCAACUGGACGAGCGCGCAGAGCACGCUGGCCAAGAAGCGCGAGGCCAAGGUCAAGCUGGAGCUGGCCGGCAAGCACGACAAGAUCCAGGCCGCCUCCGACGAAGUCCGCGAGUGGGAAGACAAAGUGGAGCAGGGCGAGAAGGAUUUCAACGAUAUUUCCAAGAUGAUCAAGAAGGAGAUGGAGCGCUUCGACAAGAUCCGCGUUAAGGACUUUAAGGAGACGCUGGUGAAAUAUCUGGAAGCGCUCAUGCUGCACCAACAGCAGCUGAUCAAAUACUGGGAAGCCUUCCUGCCGGAAGCGCGCUCCAUUUCCACCGCGUAAAUCCACAAAUCCGGCCGUCCCGUCCGGCGCGGUGCCAUGGGCGAUGUGAGCGGGUGAUUCCGCGGACCAGUCCGAUGAUUUCCGUCAGGCGGUGUUGUUGCGCUCGUUUUCGAUUAACCCUGCAAAUAAUAUUCGCCCUUUCUAAUUUGAUCCGUAUUUUUUUAAUUGAAUAAUCGGUUGUAAUUUUUUAUCUGCGAUUUAACCUCGGUUUCCGUGCUGCGAUCGAAAGCUUCUCGUUUUGCCCGAUAAUUCCAAAGUGUAUGAUGUACUAUACAGCGUAAUUUAUCGCCGGGGAUAUUCUGCUGUUUUUUACAAAAUGCGAUUGAUUUACAACUGUUUAAAGAUGAUUAAAGUAUGUUUUUGAUACAAACCAAGAAAA